AUGGUCCUCAAGGCAGUUCUAGCUCUCGCAGCUAGGCACGACGCCAUCCUGUCAGACUCUAGCGACUGGGAAGCCGCUGAAUAUCACGGUCAAUGUCUGCAACUCUUGAUCGCUGCGCUGGCGCAGCCGGAGGAUACGUACGACGACAACCUCCUUAUCACGGUAGUGAUUUUACGCAUCUACGAGGAACUGGAGAGCAGCAACGACGAGAAGUACCAUUUGUUCGGCUCAAACCGUCUCCUGAACACCAUGUCCAGGUCGGCAUCAUCUGGGGGCCUAGCUGAAGCCGUGAGCUGGCAGUUCCUGAGGCAGGCGAUAUAUGCAUCUGUCGUCCAGCACCAGCCCAUGCAGCUGGACUUGGAGAACUAUGAGAGCUCGGCCGUCUUCCACCGUCGCGACGAUGCUGCUUAUGCCAAUAUCAUCAUCUACCUCUGUGCUCGGAUUAUCCAGUUGUGUGAAGGAUCGCACACUCGUGGCAUGGACGAGGAGACAUGGCGCCAACUCUCUGAUAGUGUUGAGCAAUGGCAUCGAGGAAAGCCAAUCAGUUGGCAACCGUUGAAGUACAAGUCGGCGAACAUUGCGGAGAAUCGACCGUUCCCUGAGAUCUGGAUGAUGUCUCCGCCAGCAGUGGUCGGAAUGCAGUACUAUCACACCUCCUGUAUAUUUCUCACUCUGUCAAACCGACACUGGCAAGUCGCGAGUGACUACGAGCUGGCCCGUUCGCAACGUAUAGUAGAGAAUACAAUCGCAUCCCACCUAAACAUGGUCAUCGGCUUGUCCAUGUCGAAUGAAACGGUCGAGAAUGCAUACUUUAUGGCGUGCCAUUUAUUACACCGCUAUGGCUACUGUCUGCGACAUCCUACCGAACAACGCGGGUCAUUGCGCUUCUUGGCCCAUGUGGAAAAGACAGUGGGCUGGCGGACGCAGUGGAUGAUACGCGAGCUGGAGAAACAGUGGAGUGAGCUGCAGGGACUGGAUACGUGGGGGGAAAGCCAAGUCUAG